AUGGCUGAAUUGGGACAAGAAUAUGAUGUUAUUGGUCCAACUGAACUGGAGGAAAUUAAAGAGGCUUUGGCCAACAAGGAUCUAGCAACUGCAGUAAGGGAGAUUCAAGAUUACUUUGAGCAACAAGAUCGUGUAGAACUGAACAUAGCCGUUACAGGGGAAUCAGGAUCUGGUAAAUCUACAUUCGUCAAUGCAUUUCGAGGACUGGAGGAUGAGGACGAAGGCUCUGCUCCAACUGGAGUCGUUGAGACCACCAUGGAGCCAAAAGCGUACCUGCAUCCUGAACAUGUGAAUGUAAAAGUUUGGGAUCUGCCUGGGAUCGGGACACCAAACUUCAAAGCUGACAAAUACCUGGAACAAGUUGGUUUUCAGCGUUACGAUUUCUUUGUCAUUGUCUCAUCAGAGCGAUUCAGGGAAUGCCAUGUUCAGCUGGCCAAUGAAAUAAACAAAAUGAAGAAGAAGUUUUAUUUUAUUCGAUCAAAGAUUGAUUGUAGCAUCAGUGCUGAAAGCAGGAAGAAGAGCUUCAAUAAGGAGAAGACCCUGAAUGAUAUCCGGGACGAUUGUAUUAGGGGUCUUGAAAGCAUCGGUGUAACCUCUCCUGACGUCUUUUUAAUCUCUUGUUUUGACCUGGGGAGCUACGAUUUCAGUCCUCUGCAGGAGACCAUGAACAAAUCCCUUCCCCAGUUCAAGAAACACCUUCUUAUGUUGGCCUUACCAAACAUAACCCUGCAAAUUAACAAGAAGAAAAAGAAGGAGCUGGAGGCAGACAUAUGGAGGGUGGCACUCAUCUCUACUGCUGUCGCAGCUGUACCAGAUUCUGAUUUGUCAAUCUGUGUGGAUAUCCUUAUCUUAGUGGCAGUGCUAAUAAAAUAUUACCGUGCAUUUAAUCUUGAUGAGCAAUCUCUGCAGAACCUCGCUGAGAGGUCAGGAAAGCCUUUGAAGGAGCUAAAGGCUGUGCUGAAGUCUCCUCUACAUGAGGAGAUUAGCCAACAUGUGGUCAAGAAGCUGUUGAGUAGGAAAGAUAACAAAACGUAUAUUAAGUAUUGGCUUUCCAAAAUCCCCAUCCUGGGAUUGCUGACAGCUGGGCCCUGGUCCUUUGUGGUUGUUUACAGAAUGCUGAAGACGUGUUUGAACGAACUGGCUGAGGACGCCCAGAAUGUGAUCAUGGCCGCAUUUCAGUCGCCCGUUUAAAAGCACA